AUGGAAACGAAAGACAAGAAAGAAAAAGGACAUAUGGUUUUAAAUUCCGACAACGUUUUCGGUUCGGUGUCUUCGUCUCCGACAACAACAAUCCAAAACCCUAAUUACUUUACCUCCUUCGAGAACCCUAAUUUCCCUUACAUUUUUCCGAAAGAAGAGUAUGAGGUGAUGAGCAAGAUCGAAAGCGGGUCGGGUAAGUCAACCGGGUCGGGUCAUGACCCAGUGGAGAAUACUGCAAUCGAACAAGAGCCUCCUGCGGCGAAGAAGAAACGUUACCAUAGACAUACUGCUAGUCAGAUUCAACAAAUGGAAGCAUUGUUUAAGGAAAAUGCUCAUCCGGAUACCAAAACAAGAUUGAGAUUAAGUAAAAAACUUGGUCUCUCGCCGAUACAAGUCAAGUUUUGGUUUCAAAACAAACGUACCCAAAUCAAGGCACAACAAAGUAGAAGCGAUAAUGCAAAGCUAAAAGCAGAGAAUGAGACUCUAAAGACAGAGAGUCAAAAUAUUCAGUCCAAUUUUCAAUGCCUUUUUUGCUCUACUUGUGGCCACAAUCUCCGCCUCGAAAACGCUCGCCUCCGCCAAGAGCUUGAUCGUUUACGCAGCAUUGUUUCCAUGAGGAAUCCUUCUCCUUCACAAGAGAUUACCCCGGAGACUAAUAAGAACAACAACGAUAAUAUGUUGAUUGCGGAAGAAGAAAAGGCGAUUGAUAUGGAACUUGCAGUUUCUUGUGCUCGAGAAUUAGCAAAGAUGUGUGACAUAAAUGAGCCCUUGUGGAAUAAGAAGAGACUAGACAAUGAGAGUGUGUGUCUGAAUGAGGAAGAGUAUAAGAAGAUGUUCUUAUGGCCUCUAAUGAAUGAUGAUGAUCGUUUUCGCAGAGAAGCUUCAAGAGCUAAUGCAGUCAUCAUGUUGAACUGCAUAACCCUCGUCAAAGCAUUCCUUGAUGCUGAUAAAUGGUCGGAAAUGUUCUUCCCCAUAGUCUCAAGCGCCAAAACGGCUCAGAUCAUUUCUUCUGGAGCUUCUGGACCAAGUGGUACUCUUCUUCUGAUGUUUGCAGAGUUACAAGUAGUGUCUCCAUUGGUACCAACAAGAGAAGCUUAUUUUCUUCGGUAUGUGGAGCAAAAUGCUGAAGAAGGAAAAUGGAUGGUUGUAGAUUUCCCGAUCGAUAGGAUCAAACCAGCAUCAGCUACUACUACUGAUCAAUACCGGAGAAAACCUUCUGGUUGCAUCAUUCAAGCAAUGCGUAACGGAUACUCUCAGGUCACAUGGGUAGAGCACGUAGAAGUAGAAGAGAAGCACGUGCAGGACGAGGUUGUUAGAGAGUUUGUGGAGAGCGGUGUGGCCUUUGGCGCUGAACGGUGGCUAUCUGUGUUGAAGAGACAAUGUGAAAGGAUGGCUAGUCUCAUGGCUACAAACAUCACUGACCUUGGAGUGAUACCUUCUGUAGAAGCGAGGAAGAACUUGAUGAAGCUGUCACAGAGAAUGGUGAAAACUUUCUGUCUGAACAUAAUCAAUUCACACGGACAAGCACCAACAAAGGACACAGUUAAAAUCGUAAGCAGGAAAGUUUGCGGUGGUCUUGUUCCUUGUGCCGUGUCAGUCACGCUUCUCCCUUAUUCUCAUCAACAAGUCUUUGAUCUUCUCCGCGACAAUCAACGUCUCUCUCAGCUGGAGAUCUUGUUCAUGGGUAGUUCAUUUCAAGAAGUUGCUCAUAUCGCUAAUGGCUCACAUCUUGGAAAUAGCAUCUCUCUUCUUCGGAUCAAUGUGGAGAGCAAUUCAUCGCAUAAUGUAGAGUUGAUGCUUCAAGAAACAUGCACCGAUAACUCCGGGAGUCUCCUGGUGUACUCUACCGUCGACCCCGUCGCUGUUCAGCUCGCCAUGAACGGCGAAGAUCCUUCUGAAAUACCACUUUUGCCCGUUGGAUUCUCUGUUGUUCCAGUGAAUCCAUCCGAUGGUGUCGAGGGCAGUUCCGUCAGUUCGCCUUCGUGCUUGCUCACUGUUGCAAUACAGGUCUUGGGGAGCAACGUCACCACCGAAAGACUCGAUCUUUCCACCGUCUCCGUCAUCAAUCACCGUAUUUGCGCCACUGUCAACCGUAUCACUUCCGCGCUCGUCAACGACGUCGGUAAUUAAGAGAAGAUUUGGAGGGUAUUUUGGUAAAUAAUCGCAGCUAAAAAAACUUAUUAUUUGUUGAGGUAAAUUCGA